GUGAUCGGCAACGCGGUGUGGCGGCCGAUAAUUGCUGUCGCCAGGAUCUUAAUUUCGAUAAGGCGUCCGACACUCCUUUGGAGAUUGUUCUAAUUAUCCUCCGUCACAGGUUGAUGUGCUUGUUUGUUUCAUCUCCAGAUUACUUUCUAGCCGGUGUUAUACUGCCCAUGCACGGUCUUGACUCUCCCUCGCGCCUACACUAGACCUCCGCGGCCAUUUUGCCUGUCAACCCUUGGAAAGGAUACAACACUUAUACACCAGUCUGUCGAAUUGGUCGAGGAAUGCAGUCAUGGGCUGGCAGGGGCAGCCGUUGCCUGUUCUGUGCAGUGCAGCCUUUGUUUCGUCCUGUAGGACGAACCUUUGCGACAACGCCAGCGCUCCAAAGAGGGAAGAGACUGCAGAAAUCGAAGUCGAAACAGAAUGAGAAACCUGCGCCAAGUACAGUAUCUGAAGAUUCUCUGUCAAAACCGUCUCUUAAACCCUCCGCGAGGUCCAAAAGAGAUCAGAUCGCCAUUCGAGAUUUCUCCGUUGUCGUCGGAUCGGUAUUACAAGACUUCAAGCGCAAACUCGGACCGUCGGAUCCUCUGCUCAAUCGAUGGGGUAAAUUCGAACGCUACGUGAUAAACGCAUGCAAGUUGGAGGAUAAUGGCAAGAAUAAUUUUGGUCCUCUCAAGCAUUUGAAGUCAGCGUUGCAGAGAACCUACAUGAAAGAUGGUCUUGCGGGUCUCAGAAAAGAACUACAAUUUAUGCUGGAGGCGGAGGAUGUUACCGCAAAGUAUUCUGCACCAAAUCUAGAGCAACAGAGCAAAGUGGCAGAUUUGCGAUACCCGGCUGAGUGGUAUCCGCAGGCUCGCGCAAUGCAGCGGACGAUACAUCUACACGUUGGCCCAACUAACUCUGGGAAAACUUAUCAUGCGCUGAAGCGACUUGAGGCUUCCAAAAGCGGCUUUUAUGCGGGUCCCCUAAGACUUCUUGCGCAGGAGGUAUACAAUCGAUUUGAGUCGAGUGGGAUUCCUUGUAAUCUCAUUACUGGUGAUGAAGUCAGACUUUCCGAGGGAGAAUCCCCACCGAUUGUGAGUAAUACAGUUGAGAUGGUCAGUCUCGGUCAGUCGUACGAGGUCGGUGUUAUCGAUGAAAUUCAAAUGAUAGCAGAUCCCGCACGCGGGUGGGCUUGGACUCGUGCUGUCCUUGGAUCGCGUGCCUCCGAGCUUCAUCUCUGUGGUGAAGCAAGAGCAGUGCCUUUGAUCAGAGAGCUAGCUGCGCUCACCGGUGAUACCCUUGAGAUUCACCGCUACGAGCGGCUAAAUCCCCUCAAGGUCAUGGAUCAAAGUCUGCGGGGGAAUUUAAACAACCUUCAGAAGGGAGACUGCCUUGUUGCUUUCUCUCGUGUUGGAAUACAUGCUUUAAAGGCAGAUAUAGAAAAGGUUACUGGACGACGGGCAGCAAUCGUUUAUGGAAGCUUACCAGCUGAGAUUCGCACGCAACAAGCCCGUCUAUUUAACGACCCAGACAACGAUUACGAUUUCCUGGUUGCCAGCGAUGCUAUUGGCAUGGGUUUGAACCUGAGUUGCAAGCGCGUAAUCUUUGAGACGUUGGUCAAAAGACUUCCGGGGGGCCUUCAAAGGCUUUCCGUGCCUGAGAUCAAACAGAUUGCGGGACGAGCUGGUCGUUAUAGAUCCGCCGCACAGACACAAUCUAAGGGUCAAGAUGAAGAGGAAAAUGUCGGUUUUGUAUCAUGUUUGGAGGAGGUCGAUCUUCCAUACAUUCGCCAGGCAAUGGCCCUUGAGCCUCCACCUCUUGCUGCCGCCGGUAUCCUUCCUCCAGACAGUGUUUUCCAGAAAUUCUCUGCCUACUUCCCACGCACAGUUCCUUUUCAAUAUAUAGUAAAGCGUCUGAUGGAUAUUUCGAGCAUUCACCCAUUGUUCUUCAUGUGUGACGCGCGAAGUCAACUAGAGAGCUGCGUGGUUAUCGAUAUGGUAAAUGACCUUACCAUUGAAGAUAAGUUGAUCUUUGCGGCUGCGCCUCUGGAUGUUAGACAUGAAGCCUCACGGAAUACGGCCUGCUCCUUUGUCAAGUGUGUAGCCGAGCACACCAAUGGUCGAUUGUUGGAUAUCCCCGACCUUGAUUUAGAUAUCUUGGAAGAGCCAGUGUCCGGAAGCAAGGAUUACUUACAUGUGCUGGAAAGCUUACACAGGUCUGUUAUCCUGUACUCGUGGCUGAGCUAUCGUUUCGGCGGGAUUUUCACAGAUCGAACACUUGCGGCUCAUGUUAAAAAGCUGGUGGAAGAAAGAAUGGUCAGAGCACUGACCGAAUUUUCCGCAAACAAGAAGCUCAGGAAAGAUGCUUCUCUUCGCCGACAGAUUGCGUUGCAGAAGCAAAUUCUGGAACAGAAGCGACUGCUUUCCGAAGCAAACCUGGAGCCUUUGGAAGAUGAAGCGGCUCCUAUCGAUCUAUCAGCCAGCGAAGACUCUGCGGAAGAUGUUGUCCAAGAGACAAAUGAGGCCCAGGCUUCAUGAAGAGAUUCACUCUUCAAGAUCCCCUCUUCAAGAUCCCCUCUUCAAGAUCCCUAUUCCUUGAGCCUUGGGUUUGGCCAUUGGAGUUGCUCGUGAUGGGCUUCGAGAGUCGUCGGGUUCAACUGCUUUGGGCGAUGGUUGCAUAUUAGUUUCUGGAAAUCAUGUUUUAGAUAAUUCUGUAUAGUUAGUAUCUGUGUACAUUAGAUGUGAAGUACUAAAGAAAUAGACUUGAAUCACCACUUAAUCGGAAAUAUAUAUUUGAC